CAUGCGCGACACUCUAUCUGAUCGCCUGCUCCGACGUGAGCUGCAGGACUCGGCUGGCCGUUCAAGAAAGGUUAGGUCGAUAUAUGGCGACAAGAACUGGAUACGUGAUCUGGACAUCGUGAACGAGCUCGACGGCCAUUCGGGCUGCGUGAAUGCUCUCAGGUUUGCCAUCUCCAACUGCUGCAUACCAUGGCUCUUCUCUAACUCGCUCGUCACUGUANGUUGGUCCAAGUCAGGCCGUCUCCUUGCCUCCGGCUCCGACGAUCAGCACAUCACCAUCCACACCUAUCAACCAGAUGACUCGAACUCGCAAUUCAAACUGGCCACUAGCAUCGCCACCGGCCAUCGUGCCAAUAUCUUCUCUGUCAAGUUCAUGCCUCAUUCGAACGACCGCACUGUCAUAUCCGCUGCCGGUGAUCACGAAGUCCGCAUCUUUGAUCUGGAGUCCGCAUCUGCAGUCUCUGUACCUCCUCCCNUGAUCUCCUAUAAACGUUAUGACUUGGAUCUCAAUACCAUCUCUUGUUCGCCGAGUCAACCUCACUACAUCGCCCUCGGUGGUGCUCAUCUACACUGUUUCCUUCAUGAUCGCAGAAUGAUUGGCCGCGACAAAAAUGAUGAACGGGCGGCUUCACCUCUCUCCACUACUAACCUGUCCGACAUGGAUGAAGAUUUACUUGGUCAAGCCACUCGAUGUGUACGCAAAUUUGCACCUCGAGGCCAGCGUAUCAUGACGCAAAGAGAUUCCGGACAUAUCACCGCUUGUAAGAUCAGUGAUGCUUAUCCAAACGAGAUUAUAGUCAGCUGGUCUGGUGAUCAUGUCUACAGCUUUGACCUAGUACGCAGCCCGGAUGCCAGCGAAGCUUCCAGAGAACAGCUUUCGACAACCCAAUCAAGCAGCCAUAGAACGAGAGAAAGCAACGAAAGAAAACGCAAGAAGAGAACAGCAAGUCACCUUUCGCAUUCCCCUGGAGCAUCCUCCCGUGUACAGCCACGUCAACGAACCGAGGAAUCUACCGCAUUGAGAGUGAGAUAUCACAAUGGCCAAAGUGAAGACAUCCCGAUCGCUCGUUCCACAAGUCCUGUCUCGUCUCUACGAGAGAGUGUGAUGACAGACAGGCAAAGGAAGGCAUAUCGUCUUGCCAAGACAGUGGUCGAGCUUCGUAGGACCAUGUUCUCCCUCAGCGAACAAACGAUCGCUACUUCGAGCAGAGACUUGACUGGCCACGCUACGGAGUUCACUUCAGUGCGAAGUUUGGCCGCCACUAUACUGCCUCAAAUGCAAGAGAUUACUCGAACUUGGCGCUACCCAGUCGCUCCUGUCCAGGAGGAAGUCUUGCUGCAAAGAACGUUGCGCUCCAACAGAGAAUCUGCCUGGCGUUUCGUGCAAGCAUCUGGUGUCAUUGCACGAGCACUUGGUGGACAACCGCAUACUGCUAGCCAAGGAAUCUUCGACACGCCUCUUUUUACUCGUAUCGACCAUGCCCCGAACGAGGGCAGUAGUCUUAGCGACCGCGAGCGAUUUGGCUACGAUUUUGUCAAGGCCAUCUUCCUAUGGCUCGAUAGUGGGCUGGGAGCAUUAAUCGAUGGCUUCACCAGAUCUUCGGAUGUCGCUCGAUAUGCAUCUCGCUUACCGGUACCGAAGGACGCCAGUGCCGACGCGUUCGACGAGUGUAUCAUACCCUAUCUUCUGACUCACUCAUCCAACUCUCCAGUCUGCAAUGUUGAUGCUUCGAGAUUCGAGGUAGACCUGAACCGUAUUAUCUAUGAAACCGAGACCGACGCAGUAAGAGCAUUUGUCGAGGCUGUCAAGACGCCCUUCGCAGAUCUGUCAUCAGAUGAUCCCAUGGAAGGCGCACCUGAGUCCACCCAAAGACGGGGUGAUGCAUUAUUACACUGGGGCUUAAAAGUUGCUCGUGGAAUCCUCAUGAACGCUGGCGAGGGUGUCAAUUUUGCUCUCGUAGACCGAGCAUUUGGUGGCCUCGGCACAGGUAACAAUGCAGCAGCUCGGGAAGAUGCACGAUUACGAGAACGACAGCGUCAUAUUGACACUACCGAAGACGAACCUACGGCGGAGUUAAUGGAGGUUGUUGAAGCUUCGUCAGACCAAUUCUCAGAAGAGGAAGAUGCUAUUGCCAUGAGCGAGAUAAGAGCUGCCAUGGGAGAAGUCUAUCGAGGCCACUGCAACGUCAAGACAGUCAAAGAUGUCAAUUUCUUCGGCCUGGAUGACGAAUAUGUCGUGUCGGGCUCAGAUGACGGCAACUUCUUUGUCUGGGAGCGCAAGACAUCACGAUUGGUCAAUAUUCUUGAGGGAGACGGAGAGGUGGUAAACGUGCUUCAAGGUCACCCAUACGAACCUAUGUUGGCGGCGAGUGGCAUCGACCACACAAUCAAAAUCUUCUCGCCAGACGCAAGAGCGCGAGAAGCUGCUAGGCUCGGGCGAGGCGUUGAGGCAGUGGACAGCUCAACGUUCUCGUCAAUUUCUUGGAUGAGACGAAGAAGACAGAACAGACAGGGCGGCGUCACGUCAGAACCUGCAGUAGAUACAGAUGCUGAAGAACGAAACGCAGCAGAUGACGAUGAAUAUGUGGCACCGGGCGGACUGGCGAGCAGGAAACGCAUGCACNUUGAGUACCAAAUCACAUCCCAGAAUGAUGUGGAACGACAAGGAGGGAACCAAGAGACUUUCCUCACGAGAAGUAUGCUAGCCUCCCUGGCUCAACACCUCAGAAGACAAAGAGCCGAAGGAGGGGCUGAAGGAGAGGGCAGAGUUGUCAUUGGAGACGAUUGCGUUGUGCAA